UCCCUCCUUGAAAUAGAUACAUCUCUCCUCUCAGCAUCCCUCCCCCUCGAAAUCAUGUCCUGCUCUAGAUCUCCUUUUUUUUUUUAAUUUAAAAUCUUCAUCUGAGAUCUCAAAACCCUAGAGUUUCAAUCUUUCCUUUUGGAUCUGUGAGAAUUUCUCCUGCGAAUUCCUAGUUCUUCUUCUGUGAGAAUGGAGAGCAUUUCAGCGUCGGAGAAACAGAGUAUGGUUUCUUCCUUUCUUGAAAUCGCAGUUGGGCAGUCGGCAGAAACCGCCAGGCAGUUCUUACAGGCUACAAGUUGGAAGCUUGAGGAAGCAAUUCAAUUGUUCUAUGUUGGAAAUGAGGGUGGUGGAUUGGCAUCGUCUUCCCUAUCUCCACCAACUGAAAAUAGUCCCCCAUUGGCCAAUGAAAGCUUGGAUGUACAGGAAAAAGAUAUUGGAAAUGAACACGUGGAGCAACAUGUUGGAGAUGAAGAAGUGCGCCCUCCUUUACCAGUGAGAAGAGAGGUUCUAUAUGAUGAUGGCCCAUUGUAUAGAAUUUCAAGGAUGGGCCAUCCAUCCCAUGAAGCAAAUUCUUUGGUUGCAUUCCGGAAUUUUAAUGAGGAAUCAAAACGUCCUGGUGUUUGGGAGUCAGAUCAAAGUGCUGCAUCUACUAUAGAUAGUUCUCGAGAUAACCUGGCCUCCCUGUACCGCCCUCCUUUUGCCUUGAUGCAUCAUGGACCUUUUGACAAGGCAAAGAUAGAGGCGUCUCUUCAGGAUAAGUGGCUCCUGGUCAACUUGCAGUCCACGAAAGAGUUCAGCUCACACAUGCUGAACCGGGAUACAUGGGCAAAUGAAGCUGUGGCGCAAACCAUCAGUACUAAUUUUAUCUUCUGGCAGGUAUAUGAUGAUACUAGUGAGGGAAAGAAGGUUUGCACCUACUACAACCUGGUUUCUAUUCCUGUAGUUCUCGUCAUUGACCCCAUUACAGGACAGAAAAUGCGCUCAUGGAAUGGCAUGAUUCAACCAGAGCGUUUAUUGGAGGAUCUACUGCCCUUCAUGGAUAGAGGUCCCAAGGACCAUCAUGUUGCCCACCCUCAUAAGCGUCCAAGGGAAAGUGUUCCGUCUUCCAAGCAGAAGAUGCCAGGGGUUGUCGCAGCUGCAGAUGAAACCAUUGAAGAAGAAGAAGAUGAGGUUCUACGGGCAAUGGCAGGUUCUAUGGAAGCCAGGAAAGACCCUGUCAAGUUGACUUCUACUGAUGGAGAACCCCCAAAAAUCGAUGAGGCAGAGACCUGCUCAAGUAAAACGCCUAUUUUUCCAUCACUCCCUGAAGAAGCAAAGGGCGAGAGACACCUUAUUUGUAGAGUUGGAAUCCGUCUUCCUGAUGGACGGAGGGUGCAGAGGAGUUUCUUCAAUACAGAUCCAAUACAGUAUCUGUGGUCUUUCUGCUGUUCCGAACUGAAGGAAGCAGAAACACGGCCAUUCCGCUUGACGCAGGCAAUUCCAAGGGCGUCAAAGUGUCUGGAUUACGAGAGUAAGCUAACCUUUGAAGAGUCGGGGCUGUCAAAUUCAAUGAUUACACUUACAUGGGAAUGAAAAGGAUUGGCGCAAUCAUUGCCGGCAGGUAGCUCUGACUUCUAGUGAUGUGCAGUCAAGUAUUGUCUUCGCUAACUGUUCUACCUUUUGUUUAAUGUUUAUAGUCUCCAAUGGACGAGUCUGGAAGGCAAAUGGAUCAACACAAAAUCAUAGAUUCGAUGCAAGGAUCAGGCUAUAUAACCAUAUUUGAUAUUAUAAGCAUCUUUUCCUUUUGUAAAUAUACUCUCAUGGGGUGGGCCAUGAGAUCUUAACUAGGGUUUGUCUGUGGUUUCCUGACAUAGUCUCCCAAUGUUUUAUGAAAAGCUUGUAACCAUGUGAAAUCCAUGUGCUCCAGUGUUUUCC